AUGAGGCGAUUUAAUAAUUUAGUGACUUUGUUCCGACAACGAUAUCUGCUUUUUUUUUUGGGAAGUUUUAUAAUGAAAAUACUUUGUUCGGGAGAAUGUCCGGCAAAUAAAAGUGAAGCUUUCCAACUGAAGUCACAUCCCAAUCUAUUUCUUUUGGUGGUAGUGCUUAGCGCUCCGAGCAACUAUGACCAGAACGUAAUAAGGAAGACUUGGCUUAACAGUACAACACAGCCCCUUCAGUUGCCUUACUACCCCGAUCUUAUUUAUAUUCCACCCUACGGUCCCAGUGGACAUUUGCAAUUGGAGUCGGUUCCACAGCAAGCGAAUCGGCUAAGACAGUAUUUGAAAUGGCAGAAAGACCUGCUAUCAAAAGAGCCCACAAAGAGUCAGCGUCGUAUCAAAGUAAAACACAUUUUUUCUAUUGGUACAGGGGAAUUAGGCAGCUAUUUGCAAACAAAACUGCUAAAGGAACAAGAGCAACACGGCGACCUUCUGCUACUGCAAGAGCACCAAGACACAUACUCCAAUCUUACUGUGAAGUUGCUAGAGACCCUGGCUUCCCUAAGGAGCAACUAUACAUUCUCCUAUGUCCUUAAAGUGGACGACGAUACAUACGUCAAGCUGGACAGUCUUGUUAAUGAACUCGUCUCCUAUGAUCGAAAGUUACUUCGUAAAAGCAUUGAGUAUGAUCAAAAUCCUUUACCUCAACUUUACUGGGGCUACUUUAAUGGUCGGGCAACAAUAAAAAAAAAAGGCCAUUGGAAGGAGUCAAAUUAUUAUCUAAGCCAAAAUUAUCUUCCUUAUGCUUUGGGCGGUGGAUACGUUUUAUCUCAACAGCUUUGUGAAUAUAUACUUAACAGUUCUCACUUGCUCACGCCGUAUGUAUCCGAGGAUGUCUCAAUCGGAACCUGGGUGGCUCCACUACGUCACGUCUAUCGCUGGCACGAUCCCAGAUUCGACACCGGGUAUAUGCCACGAAAGUGUCAACCCUAUCAUAUUGUUUUGCACAAACGGAAUCUGAAAAUGAUGACCGACAUCUACGGCGACAAACUUUGCAGUAAUACUGGCUCGAGCUCUUUACCCGAAUACUACUAUGAUUGGACGAAAACGUCGGACAAGUGUUGCGACAGCUUAGUAGUAUAG